CGUUUGUAAUCUGCACUGUUUUAAUUAACGGCCAUGACUUCAAUACAGAGCUUGGAGAGAUUGGCAGUUGAUGUCUUCCACUGCUCAAAAUCAAAACUUAGAAAUCAGAAUCAAAUCCAGACCCAAACUCAAAAUAAAGUUGUUUUUCCAAUACCCAUUUCAAGGAGAGCCGCAAUUUUGAUUUCUGUUAUUCCUUUUGGUCUAAUUGCAUUACCUCCUCCAUCUUCACAAGCUAGAGAGAGAAGGAGCAGAAAAACCAUUCCUCCUGAAGAUUAUGUUACAAACUCUGAUGGCUUAAAGUACUUCGAUCUCAUUGAGGGCAAAGGCCAAACAGCAGAGAAAGGAUCAAUUGUCCAGGUGCAUUUUGAUUGUGUGUACCGUGGUGUUACUGCAAUAUCGAGUCGGGAAUCUAAACUCUUAGCUGGAAAUCGCGCAAUUGCACAGCCGUAUGAAUUCAGGGUUGGAGCAACUCCAGGAAAAGAAAGAAAGCGGGAUUUCGUAGAUAGCGCAAAUGGUUUGUUCUCUGCUCAGGCUGCACCGAAACCCCCAGCAGCUAUGUACUCAGUAACUGAAGGGAUGAAAGUAGGGGGGAAGAGGAGGGUAAUUGUGCCUCCAGAAGCUGGGUAUGGUAAAAGAGGAAUGAAUGAAAUCCCGCCAGGAGCUACUUUUGAACUUAACAUAGAGCUUUUAGAAGUACUAGCACCCGAAGCAAAGUAACUUGAGCUUGUCCAGUUGUGAGUGAAAUACGUGUACCAUAAAUCCGUUUUUAUUACUUAAAACUGCAACAAUGCAAGCUUUUGCAGAAGAAGAUUGUCCUCUUUCCGCGCUCAUUCUUUUUGUAAGUAAAAAUAUAGUUGUCGUUCAUGAAAUCAUACUUGUUGAUAAUUUUCAGAUGAUGUUAUCUCAACUGGCGUUUUCCUAUGGAAACAAGUCAACAACAUCAUAAUUGUACUCUAAGUUUAUGCACAGUUGAAAUAAUUUUGAUUCACUGAAA